GAUAGUAGUUUAGCUUUUGGUGAAAGGCUAAGUUAUUGACCGUGUUUGUGUGUGUACUUGUUAUAUACAUACAUAAAUAUAUAGUAUUCAUGCAGUGCAUAUUUGAAUUGGUGGCGGUUGACUAGAUUAUUACCAAGAAUUUGCAGAAAAUUUUACAAAUAUUAAAAAAAUAAAUCAAAAAUAAACAGUUUUCCGAGACAACGAAUAACGCAUAAGUGUGUGCAUGAAAGGGAAUAAAAAAGAAAUUAUUAAGAAAUAAAUAAUUGCAGAAAAAUAUAAAAAAAUCGAUCCCGAAAUCUCUGCAAAAAAUUCAUCAAAAUUUUGUGAAAUAAAAGUGGUUUUUGCAGAAAAUGGUCUAAUCAACGGAUUGUGAGUUUCGAAAAUUCACGCAAAGCUUGGAUACGAGUAUAAUAAAUUUUAAAAAAUAGUAUCAAAAGAUGAACCCACAACUAUGCAGAUAAGAAUAAUGGAUACAAAAAUUCACUUCUGGGUCAUACUCUUGAUGACAAUUUUCAUUGGGAACGCAUCGGUGGCGAAACGUCUGAAUGCCAGUCAAGCAUUCGAUGAUACGUGGAACACAGCCUCCGAUUUGGAGAAUGAACUCGAACAAAAGCGUGCCAAAAGCAGUAGCAGCAGCGGCAUCUCAUCAUCAGCGACGUCAUCAUCGUCAACGGGCAGUAAGGAUGGCCAAUGGUCUGGCUGGUCGGAGUGGUCGACGUGUUCACGUACCUGCGAUGGCGGCAUAAUGCAACAAAUACGCCGCUGCUAUAAUAAAAAUGGUUGUAAGGGCGAGAGCGUACGCUAUCGCAUUUGCAACAUGCAGCCUUGUCCGGAGCAACAAGACUUUCGGGCGCAUCAAUGUGCCGCCUACAAUGAUGUACCGUACGAUGGUACGCUCUACACGUGGACGCCACACUAUGACUAUGUAGAGCCGUGUGCGCUAACGUGCAGAGGCCGUCCGGCUCAUCUACAUCUGGGAGAUAGUUCAUCAUCCGAAGCUGAAGGUGUUGAAGAUCCCGAACAUUAUGACGAUCAUGUGAUCGUGCAGCUUUCAGCGCGCGUACAAGACGGCACACGCUGUCGAACGGGCAGUCUUGAUAUGUGCAUACAGGGUAAAUGCCAGCGCGUCGGCUGCGAUUUAAAAAUCGGUUCAACGAAGAAAAUAGACAGCUGUGGUGUCUGUGGUGGAGAUAGCAGCUCCUGUUCGCAGCCACUCUACUAUUGGGAAACAGCGCCAACAACGCAAUGCUCAGUGACAUGUGGCGGAGGCUACAAGAUGUCUCAGCCGAUAUGUCGAAACCGUGUCACUGGUGUAGAAGUCGCGGAUUCCAUGUGCAGCGGUCCACAACGGCCGGAACCAUCAGUGCUGCUGUGCAAUACGCACAUAUGCCCACCAAGGUGGAUCACCGAUGACUGGAGUCCAUGUAGUCGACUCUGCGGUCCUGGCUACCGUGAACGUAUGGUGGUAUGUGCGGAGGAAAAUAAUGGCAUCAAAACUACGGUGUUGGACGUGAUGUGCCGCACGCCAAAACCAGCCACACAGGAGCCCUGCAUGAUUGAGAAGUGCCCAAAGUGGGAGAUAGAGGAAUGGGCUGAAUGCUCGGCAACCUGUGGGCAAGGCUUGCAAAUGCGUGGAGUUGAAUGUAAAUCAGCCGACGGCAGACACAGCGCUAAAUGCGACCCACUUACAAAGCCCACAUCGGUUCAACAAUGCUCGGCGGGAGUGUCCUGUGAUGGUGGUGGAAAAAUUAUACUCGGCAGCAGCGGACCUUCGUCCGACGACGGCGAUCUCGACGAGGACGAAGAAGAGGAUGAUGAUGAUUCGGCAGAUGUUGAAGACGUUGAUGAUGAUGGUGAUGAAUCUGAUGAUGCUCGCCAUAGCGAUGCUGGGUUGACUUCGUAUCAUGAUGAGUCCUCGCCACAGUAUGCACAUCGUUCGGUGAGUCAACUACAUCAAGAUGAACCACAGCAACCAAGAGCGGAACGUCUCACUAGCGGCGGCGGUUAUGGUUAUCGUGAGAAUUCUGAUCCAGAUACGCAUGUUCCACCGGGAGAUCCAAGUUUCGUCAAAGACGUGGAGUGGUCAGCCUGCAGCGUCACUUGCGGCGAGGGUGUGCGCCGUCGUAUGUUCCGCUGCAAAGUCUUUCUCGAAUAUUCACGCACAAUUGCUACCGUCAAUGAUUCACUCUGCGAGGGCAUCAAACCGCACGAUGAGGUUGAGCGUUGCGUCGAAGAGCCAUGUAUGCUCCCCUCGCAUACAUACGAUGAUCAAUACCUACGCGACUCCAUCAAAGUGGGCGUCUCUGAGCCGGGUAAAACUUAUGUGUGGCGUGAGCAAGGUUACACAUCGUGCAGCGCAAGCUGCUUAGGUGGCGUAGAGGAGUUAAUUAUAAAUUGUGUGCGUGAAGACAAUGGCCGCGUGGUAUCGCCAUUCCUUUGUACUCCCGAGACAAAGCCCGAAGCACGUGUGCGCACCUGCAAUGAUCGACCAUGCCCGCCACGUUGGAAUUACUCCGAUUACACGCCCUGCUCGAAAUCAUGUGGCAUCGGUAUUAAAACGCGCGAAGUGCAGUGUAUACAUGAAGUGACGCGUGGCGGCGAGAAUACUAUGGUCGUGCCGAAUAGCAUGUGUCCACAGCCACCACCAGCUGAUCGUCAGUAUUGUAAUGUGCUCGACUGUCCGGUGCGUUGGGAGGUCGGUGAAUGGUCGAAAUGCUCACACACAUGCGGUUAUGGCAUUAAGGAGCGCAAAGUUGAGUGUAAACAAAUUAUGGCGCAGGAGCAUAAAAUCGAGCGACCGGAAUCAAUGUGUCCGAGUGCAAAACCGCCAGAUAAGAAACCUUGCAAUGUGAAGCCAUGUCCGCUGGAAGAUCCCAAGCCAGUCAUACAAGUCAGCAAUACAACGCACAUACAACACGAUCCGAAAAAGACGAAAAUUACCCUUAAGGUUGGUGGUGCCGGUGUGGUGUUCUUUGGCACGCAGGUGAAAAUUAAGUGCCCCGUGAAACGUUACAAUCGUACAAAGAUUAAGUGGAGUAAAGAUCAUAAGGCUUUGGCGCGUUCACGUAAAUUUAAAGUCUCCAAAAAAGGCGCUCUCCGUAUUUUGGAUAUAACAUUCCGCGAUGCUGGUGUAUAUUCUUGUCAUGCGGGACACAGUUCGGCCGAGAUUACUAUUGAUGUGAAGGCGAAGCCCGGCCAACAGCCGGAAGAGUUGAAAUUACAGGAAUCAGAGCGUUUGGUGCGGGAAGGUACAGAAGCUUUAACAUCCGCUGAUAUGAUAACGGCCGCAGAAAAUUCUAGCAGUUCACAAAACAAUCGUCGCAAGCAACAAGGUGCACGUGAUAGUAAUCGAAGGUCUAAAAGUGAACAAGCACUAAAUGCCGAUGGCUCAAUAAUGGAAAAUGAGCAGUCGCAAUUAGUGCAGCAAGUCGGCGAAAAUGGUGGCGUCAACGCCGGUGGGGCGACGAAAUCCGCAAGCGCCAGCAAUGGCGGUAGUCGUGUCAAUAUACUGCUAGCAAUGCCGUACUUUCAGGCACUGCUGAGCAAUUUACAGCAUUUGUGGCCUUUUCAGAAAUUUGGCAAUUCGAGAGGACAUCAUAUGCUGUACGAUAAGGGUCUACAAUUUGGCAUCGAUUUGGAAAAUUUCGAACAGGACGAGCCCGUGCGACCGCAAAUCGACAGUACAGAUCUACUAGCGCAAACUGCGUCAGCAGCAGCAGCGGCGGAUGGAUUCACCUCAUCAUCGCUCACAGCAGUUGAGGAUAACAACAGUGACGGCGGCGGCGGCAGCAGCAAUGAGUGGCAUGACCAUCAGCAAGCAACGGACCAUAUAAGCGUCAUACCAAACAUAGCAACAGCAACAACAACAACAUUGCAGACAACAGUUGGCAAUGCCUUUGGCGCAACACAUGACGAGGAUUCACCACAUUCACCGCAUGCCAGAUGGCAAAAGCAGGGUGAUGCGGAGGUGGUGAUUACACCAGCGACACCCAGCAAUCAUGUCACGUACGAAUGGCGCAUCAGUGACUGGUCGGAGUGUUCGGAGAAGUGCGGUAUGGCAGGUGGCGCUGGUUUGAGGCGUCGCACAGUAACUUGUGUACGCCAGCGUCAUCACACGCCCACACAUAAUGCAUUGGAAUCACACGUUGAAGCCGAUAUGGAAAUGGUGGACAACGCAUACUGUGAGGAUUAUGGCCUAAGUAUUCCCGACACGUUCGAGGUAUGCGGUCAGGAGGAGUGCGCCCGUUGGGAGACCGGCGAGUGGACAUUGUGUCAGCGUGCACGUUGUUUCGGACGCAAUACAGCUAUACAAAAGCGUGAGGUAAAGUGUCGCUAUGCGAAUGGCACUGAGGCGGCGAAUGCCUGUAGUGUGUCACAGCGUCCGAUUAGUCGGCAGGAGUGCUACAGUGAACGUUGUAAGGGUGUUUGGCGUGUGGAGCCGUGGUCCGAGUGCAAUGCGCAGUGCGGCCGUCAGGGUAUUAAAUACCGCAUUUUACAGUGUGUUUGGUAUGGCACGCGACGACCAGCAGGCAAUGCUUGUCGCCAUCAACCGCGUCCUACCGUAAUGAAAGUGUGCAAGAGUCCGCCAUGCUUUACUAAAAUACUUGGUCAAUGCAAGGAUACUUCACGUUAUUGCCGUAACGUACGUUCGAUGGGAUUGUGUCGAUUGCAUCGUUACCAAGAGAAAUGUUGUAAAUCCUGCAAAGCCAAUGCAUAUUACAAUUAACGACAAACAAUAUUGAAAACGGCAAAGUAGCUGAAAGCUUGCAGUUGCCGCGCUGUAAAAGAGAAUUUGAAGUACCAACAGCCACAAAUAAUAAAAAUCCUUAGCGAGAAUUUUCAAUGAACGACAACCAGCAGUAGUUUGAACAUAAAAUCACAAAACCGUUAGGUAUGCAAGGAAAUAGUAUAACCAAAAAAA